GAAAGAGAUGGUGGCGAGGUUCAAUUACAAAGUUUAUUUCUUUCAAAUCUCAAAAUAAGAAACAUGGAAAUUGACAAUAGCUAUGAAGGGAGGAAAAUAAUCCAAAACCGUUGUUGCAAUAAAAAAGUUUUACUUAUCCUUGAUGAUGUCAGCCAUACAGCCCAUCUAGAAAAUUUGGCUGGUAGCCCAAGUUGGUUUGGUGCUGGGAGUAGAGUGAUCAUAACAACUAGACAUUUAGACUUGUUGCGUGGAGCACGUGUCUCAUAUCUACAUGAGGUUGAAACUAUGAACCCAACUGAAUCCCUUCAACUCUUUUGUCAGAAAGCAUUUGGAAGAAGUGAGCCUCGAGAGGAUCUAUUGGGGCUAUCUAAGACUAUUUGUAAUUAUGCAAAAGGAAAAAUCUAUGUUGAAGGAAUAUGGCAGUAUUUUGGUGAUGCAUGAUUUGGUGGAACAAAUGGGUAGGAAAAUUGUUAUGGAUAAGUCCUCUAAUUGUGUUGGAAAUCGUAGUAGAUUGUGGACUAAUGAAGAUAUUGAUAAAGUUAUGCAAAACAAUUGGGGUAUAGAAGAAAUAGAAGGUAUGAUUUCAUCCCCAUCUUGUGAGGCAUUUUGGGAUCCUAAACCAUUUUCAAAAUUGCAUAACCUUGUUUAUCAAGACACAAGAGAAAUACAAGGUGAGGUUUCAUCCACAUCUUGUAAGGCAUUUUGGGAUCGUGAAGCUUUUUCAACAUUGCGUAAGCUUAGAUUACUCAUGAUAUCAAGUGAUUUCCAUGUUCCUGUUAGCCUCAAAUGUCUUUCUCAUGCUUUGAAAGUACUUUAUUGGACAAAAUAUCCUUUAGACACUCUUCCUUCUGGAACUCGAUUGCAUGAACUUGUUGAUCUUAGAAUGCAUCAUAGCAAAUUAAAGAAACUUGGCCUGUGCUCGAAGAAUUUGAAGUUUUUGGACUUGCGUUUUUCCAAAAACUUGAUUAAAACUCCUGAUUUUUCUAAACUUCCAAAUUUGGAAAGAUUAGAACUUGAAGGUUGUGAAAAACUUGUUGACCUCCAUCCUUCAAUUGGACAGCACAAAAAGCUUCAAGUGUUGAACUUGAAAGGUUGCAAAAGUCUUAUAGCCCAUUGUCCCAAAAAAUUGGAAAUGACUGCACUAAAAGAAUUUGUUCUUUAUGGAUGCAUUCGAGUGAAAUUUCUCCCAGAGUUUGGGAAAAAUAUGAAAAAUCUAGAAACGCUCGAUGCUGGGGAGACAAAUUUAGUCAAACUUCCCGAGUCACUUGGCUUGUUGACUGGUCUUAAAACUCUGAAAUUAAGGGGUUGCAAAAAUCUUGUUUGCCCUCCUCAAAGCAUUCACAAUUUGAAACAUCUUGUCCUUGUUGAUAUUGCUGGGUGCUCAAAAUUUGCUAGAUUGCCAGAGAAGUUGAAUGAAAUUGAAGCCUUGGAGGAGCUAGACGCAAGUGAAACCGAUAUAACUGAAAUACCGUGUUCCAUUGGUGGUUUAGAAAAACUCAAGAAAUUGUCAUUCCGUGGGUGCAAAAGGUCAACAUUGAACUCUUGGAGCAUGAUUCUUUCGUUGAAGCACAUGUUUUGGAGGCAUUCAAUUCAUAAGGGCUUAACAUUGCCUCCUUCAAUGUUCAAUCUUAAAUCACUGACACAAUUGGAUUUAAGCUAUUGCGGUUUUGAUGAUGGAUCCAUUCCGGAUGACUUGGGUGGCUUAUCAUCGUUAAGGAGGUUAGAUCUAAGUGGAAACAAGUUUAAGAAUCUACCUGCUGGCUGCAUAUCUAAUCUUUUGAAUUUGGAUACUCUGAAUAUAAAUUCUUGCUCGGAACUUCAGUCGUUGCCGCAGAUUCCGCCAAGAUUAUCGCAGAUGUAUGCAGAAGAAUGUGAUUCAUUGGAUACAGUGGAAGGUGAACAAUUAUCACAUCUCUUUGCUUCAACGGACCAGGCGGGAGUGCUUGGGCCACGUGAUUAUUUCUCACUGAUAAUUCCUGGAACUGAAGUACCGCCAUGGUUUGAGAAUCAAAUCGAUCUUUAUCUGAAUCAUAACUUCGAAGCUCUAGUGAUGAUAGACAUACCUCCUUGUGAAGAAAUGUUGGGAAUUGGAUUAUGCACUCGUCUAGAAAGUAACUUUUACUGUUGGUGGCAGUGUAGUCAUGCUUAUGUUGGACAUCCCAAUCGCGGAAACCAUGCUAUGCCAGCGUCUAAUUGUAAGGGUGGAAAGAAAAGAAAGUCUUGUCACCUCUGGGUCUCAUUUUACAAUCCAACAAAGGAUGUCCGUGAUAUGUGGCAAUCAAGGAAGAACAAUCAGAUUCCCUUUGCAUUUCGAGCCCCUUCUUACGAUGCGGAAGUUUCAAUAAAGUGUGGAUGGCGUGUCAUUCACAAAGUUGAUGUUGAAAACGGCAACAGCUCAAAGAAUCAAAGUCCCCUUCCAAUAUUGGAACAACAAAUGGACCAAGUUGUUGAUCGUAACCCGACACCGACGACAGGCCUUGGGAGCCCAUGGCCUUUCCAUACUGCAUUCACAAAACAUGGUCCCAUAACGUUCCCAAACCCACCUUCAGGAUUGUUGAUUAAUUACUGCUUAAAGAAGAGGCUCCAAUGGAAUAGUUGGUUUGCUCGCAAAGUUUGUUAUGAAAGUGAAUAUUAUGAUGAAGAAAUGCUGCGUUACUCACAAAAGAAUGUGGCAGUGUGUUCUUCACCGAAAUCCCAAUUGAUCUGUCCUAUUGAAAGUCAUAUAUUAUAUGAACUUUGCGUUGCUUCAACGCCUUAUCCGUAUAUACUCUGUUGCACUUCUUUUAGUAGAGACAUCUGGCCUCUGUUUUUGCCGAUCAUGUUGUUACGUUGA